GCUGCUGGGAGUUGUCUGGAGGCCAGCAGCACAGGGCUGAGCGCCUUCGGGCAGAGCAGUCAUGUCUCACAAACAAAUCUACUAUUCGGACAAAUACGACGACGAGGAAUUCGAGUACCGGCAUGUCAUGUUGCCCAAGGACAUAGCCAAGCUGGUCCCUAAAACCCAUUUGAUGUUUGAAUCUGAAUGGAGAAAUCUCGGUGUUCAGCAGAGUCAGGGAUGGGUUCACUAUAUGAUCCAUGAACCAGAACCUCACAUCUUACUGUUCCGGCGGCCACUGCCCAAGAAGCCAAAGAAAUGAAGCCAGCAACCAACUGACUUUGGGCCUCGAGCUUUACACAGCUGUCCUUACUCCCCACCAUCUUUCUGAUAGCGUGACCGUGUUGCUUUCUUACUUCUCACUUUGAUAUGUAAAGGAUACACUGUUUGAAUGUGCUGGUACCUGCUUUGCUUCUGGAGUUGAGCCACCAAUGCCACAGCCCUGUCAGAUGAGUGUGACUUCAAAGCCCCAGUGUGCUCGGUAUCCAGCAGGCCAUUUUGCCAUCCGUCAGAAGCAUGUGAAAUCAGAUCAUGGCUAUUACAGGGAUGGUGUGAAUUUGCUAUUGUGGUUUUUACUAUUGGGUAUUGUAUUUAUGAUGACUUGUGGAUUUAUGUUUCAAUGUAUUGGAAACUUUCCAUUUUAACUGACAAAUCUCUUCCAUGUUACAAGCCUUGAUUAAAGGAAGUUUUUUAAAAAAAAC